AACAACCAAAGUUCCAGGAGAUUACCGACGAGGGAUCAAGCGGAUUUCCUGCGCAGCACCCAAGACUUACUUACCUCAAGCCACUCCUUACUCGAGCGCUACCUGUCCUCUCCUCCAUACACCUCGACCAAAACCGCAGUCAAAAUGAUUUCCGACGACACUCUCUAUAAAUUGGCCAACUACCUCGGCAGCGCUGCGGUGCUGAUGAUCAUACUCUACCACUGGAUCGAGGUCAACGCCAAGGGUAACGAGAAAGCCAUCCCCGUCACCCCAGCUGGAAAGUCGACUGCGACUCUUAAGUGAUGGAUUGUAUGUCAGCAUUUCAGACUCAGACAGUGUGAGCGACAGCUCUGGCAGAGGGUCUACCUUUUGUGCAUAGAAUUGUGGGGCUCGGGACGGAGAAAGAAGUCUGCAUCAUGGACAUCACGAGCAACGGCUACAAUGCCAUACUGCGGGAGCAUGCGAGGGCCAGGCUUGACGGAAGUGAUCGCACGUACC